CCCCCAAGACCCGCCCCCAGAGCGGGAACCUUCUCCAGUCGCCCGACUCCAGUUUCGGGGGGAGGCAGUUACCAAGGCAACAGCUGUCGGUGAAGGAUAGCCCCGCCCCCGGCCUGCCGCAUCAGUCCAGCAUGGCCUCGGAGAGCCCCGCCCCUCAGGGCGGAGCCAGUGAGAGCACAGAAAACACACCGAGCAACCAACCAGGAAAACCUGCACAGCAAACCAACCAACAGCACCUGCUCAAACCAACCAUGAACAAACAGGGCUCAAAGUCUCCGUCGACUCUCAAUCCUCCCUCAGCCGCGUCCGAGCGUACGGUGGCCUGGGUGUCCAACAUGCCGCAUCUGUCUGCAGACAUCGAGAGUCUGCGUGUGGAUCGCGAGGACUUAAAACUGAAGGAGCACUCUAAGAGCAUGGAUGAGUCCCGUCUGGACCGGGUGCGCGAGUACGAGGAGGAGAUCCACUCUCUUAAGGAGCGUCUGAUGAUGUCCCACCGUAAGCUGGAGGAGUACGAGCGCCGGCUGCAUUCGCAGGAGCAGCAGACCAGUAAGAUCCUGCUGCAGUACCAGAGCCGGCUGGAUGACAGCGAGAGACGACUGCGCCACCAGCAGGUGGAGAAAGACUCGCAGAUCAAGGGCAUCAUCAACAGGUUGAUGGUGGUAGAGGAUGAGCUGAGGGGAAGUGGAAUGCCUGACCUCAAAACCAGAAUAUUCACAGAACAGCCGAUUUAUGGUGCCCACUCUGGAACAUGAUUGGCCCGUGCAGGACUAGCGGACCUGUGAUUGGUUGAACCUCAACCCAGGAGUGUCUGAUGAUUGGCUGAGAGAGAAGAGAGAGGCGGAGCCUGAGCAGGACGACCAACUCCAACUGGACAAACUCUCUCUUUCUUUCUCUCUCUCUUUCUCUCUCACACAC